CGAACUUCAAUGCCGAAUAUCCGUCUCAUUCAAACUUCUCAUGGGUCCUCCGAAUCAAAAUCCAAAAUCUUAAAAAACCAAUAGAACCCAAUUUCCGACCGAUGAACGUUCAAAGAGCUUGAGCCAAAGUAACCCAAGAAAAAAAAAUUAUUAAGACUUGAACGGAUUGGGAAAGACCCUUCAGCAGAAGAAUGCUGAGGAACGUACCAUCUCUCUCGGUUUUCGUUACUGCAGAUGGUGACCAGGGCGAAAAUCCGGUGAUUGAAACUGAUGAAACUUUGGAGAGAACGAUUAGGAUUGGCGACAGGAUUAGCGGCGAGUUCAGUUUCGUUAGACAGGUGGAUUUCUUAUCUAUCAAGGAAGAAGAUGACGAAGGCGGCGAAGGAGAAGGUGAUGAGAAAAUAGAAGGAUAUGACAGAAACCGAAACAUGGGUUUCGGAGAAGAUGGCGAAAGAGGAAAAGGGUUUGACAGAGACGGAGAAUUGGGGUCUGGGGAAGAAGAAAUGAAGAAGCGACAGGAGGAGUCCGAGGAAGAGAAGAAGAAGAAGAAGAUAGCGAUUGCACGAAAAGAGGAGAAAAGAGAUCCAGAUGAGAAACUGGGUUUUGAAGAAGAGAUCGAACGGCCACCUAGCCCUCCUAUGCAUUUAGCAGCAGGGCUCGGGAUUGAUAAGUUCGAUUUGUAUGGUAAUGAGAUUAAAUUUGAUUUACCGAGUUUUGAUGACGAGAACUGUGAUGGGUACUACAAAACGAUGCUUGAGGAUUAUCCAUUGCAUCCUCUGCUUCUCAGAAACUACGCUCAGUUCUUGGAGUUUCAAGUAAUGGCAAGUUUUCUGACGCCACAGUUCAAAGGAGACCUCCAUGGAGCAGAAGACUACUACCAUCGGUGUACAAUAGUGGAGCCCGACGAUGGAGAAAUCAUGGUUAACUAUGCAAGAUUGGUGAUGAGGCUUCAUCAGGACAAAGCCAAAGCAUCAAACUACUUUGAACGUGCUGUUCGAGCAUCUCCUGCAGACAGCAACGUUCUUGCUGCAUACGCGAGUUUCCUUUGGGAGACAAACGAUGACAGUGAUGAGGACGAGGAGGAAGAUGAAGAAAAUCGUCAAGGAAGAGAACAGUUUGAGCUUACUGGAGCAGAAGACCGGAGUUCAAACCCGGCAAAGGCUGAAACCGAAGAUGGAGAGACAAUGUACCAAUACGCUAAAUCGUUCUGGGAGGUGCAUCGUGAUCGUGGUAUGGCUUCGUUCUACUUCAGAAAGGCCGUUGAGGCCGGCCCAGGUGACAGCGAUAUUCUUGCAGCAUAUGCUCGGUUCUUGUGGGAAACAGAUGAAUGUGACGACGACGACGAUGAAGAAGAAGAGAGAUCAGGCGGGCAUCAUGUUGGAAGGUCAUCUUCCUCGUGAGGUCUCUUUGACUGUUGAAAACUUUCUAGUCUUGAGAUAAUCAAUGGCAAUAGAACCCCGAUUGCCUCGGAAACAGACAUGAUGUCCCUGUAUGUAUACCUGUAUAACACAUGAACACUUCCAUGUGUAGUAAAAUGCAGUUUGAUCAUGUAUUACCACAAGACAUAAUUUUAUUUUUCAGUUUUAUUGUAAAGCAAAACCUAUCUUGGACCAACAUGUAUUUCCUAGA